AUGGUACCAAAGGAGAGCCAUAACUCAGGAAAUACUCCACUGAUAAUGGCUUGCUGUGAUGGUUAUACUGACAUGGUACAGUGGAUGUUUUAUGUACACAAAAAUGUAUGCUUUGAUUUCAAUGUGGAUCAGUGUAGAAACAGUAAGGCUACCGGACUGUUCAUUGCAAGUCAGGAAGGACAUAUUGAUACAGUUAAGUUAAUGUUAGAAAGAAAUCCAAACAUUGCUCAAGGUAACAUGCAUGGUUCUAGUCCUCUGAACAUUGCAAGUAUGCAUGGACAUACUGGUGUUGUUAGGUUACUGCUAGAAAAACGUUCUAAUGUAGAUAUAUGUGACAUAGAUGGGUCUAGUCCGCUAUUGUGGGCAAGUAAAGAAGGAUAUAAGGAUAUAGUAGAGUUACUUUUAGAAAGGAGUACUUAA